GUUUGGGUUGGGUCUGGGGACCGGGGCGCUCUCAGAGCGCUGCGCGGCUGGUUCCGGCGCAGGAGGGGGGGUCGUCCUAGCUGUAAAUCAGCAACGCCGGGCAUUUUCACGGCAGCUCCUAACCUGCUUUGUGUUCAUGGGAGAGACGAGGUCUGGGUCUUGCCUCUGGACAUCUUGCAUAUGACAUCCUGUAAUAAAACUUCUUCAAACAACAGAAUAUUGGAAAAGGCCAAAUACCAGCACUGCUCUGUAUAUAUGCAACGGUGCUUGUAAAAAUGAAGGCAUGAGGUGCGGUCCUGGACAGCAGCUGCCAAGGAAUCCUUGUGUCUCAUGUGGCAAAAAGUGAAAGUGCAGCUAAUGCUAAGCAUGUCUUUCCUGGUGGCUGUUUGUUGGUAUUGCAGGAGGCUAUACAGCUUUUUAGCGCAGUUACUGAAACGGUGGAGCAACUACCUUCAGAGAAAACUCAUAAGGAAUCUCAGUGUGCUGACAGAAGUUGAUCUGCUUGGUUAUAGUGCCAGAGAAUGGAAAGGAGAGACAAAGCAGGCCAAACACAUGAGGGAGGCAUAUGAAGAAUUGUUUUGGAGCUAUCAUAUCAAAUAUCUGCGGCAAGUCAGGAAGGACAGCUAUUGUGUACUAAGAGCAGUGCUUUUUCAGAUAUUCAGCCAAGGCAUUCCUUUUCCAUCAUGGAUGAAGGAGAGAGAUAUAUUAAAGCUCCCUGAAAAGCUUUUGUAUUCUCAAGGUUGCAACUGGAUUCAGCAAUACGGUUUUGGGCCAGAAAGAUACACGGGUCCCAAUGUCUUUGGUAAAUUGCGCAAAUGUAUGGAGACACUGAAGACCAAUUGGACUGAAGUAAGUGCUACUAAAGAUCAGGAAGAAAGAGGAAACAUGUGUAAUACCCUCUUUUCUGAUGAGAGCAAGGAGCACAAACUGUAUGAGGCCAUAAAAUUCAUCAUGCUCUACGAAGUUGUCGAAGCCUAUGAGCAGAUAAAGAACAGGGAAGAACGCAUACCCAAUCUUUUUAACCUUCUUCUUGCUCGUGAUUCUUCGUCUGACCCUUUGAGUUUCAUGAUGAAUCAUCUGAAUGCCAUAGGUGACUCUAUGUGCCUAGACCAGGUUGAACUGUUUCUUCUUGCCUACUUACUUGAAGUAAAGAUAAGAGUUUACAGACUGCAUAAGUUUAAUACUGAGGAAUUUCAAGUAAACUAUCCAGACGAAUACCGAAGGGAAUGGAAUGAGAUUUCUCUCCUGACCGAGGAUGACCGCUACUAUCACAUUCCCCUUUUCAGGACGUGAAGGACCAGUGACUUUUUUCCUUUGUGUAAUAUAGUCAGUGACCAGUUCCAGUGAAUUACGUUUCUAAUUGGCAGCAGUAAGAUUUUGAGAAUGCUCGUUAAUGAUUACAAAAUGAUUUAUGGUUUAUUGUGUAAACAUUUUGCUUUCCCAUGCAGCUUAAUUCACCAUCAGUCGGCCAGAAAAAAAACCCAUAAAAUAUAUCGCUGUACUGUCUGGUAGAAAAAAUAGCAUAUUUGAGGGUUAUCAGACAAAAAAGAUUGGACUGCACUGACAGAGAAGGCAAAGGUAAUGCUGGGUUUUCCAUUGCUAGCCUAAGGGUUUACUCUGACAUCUCUGGAUGGGUUAAACUCAAGUUCCUAAAGCAAUUCCUGCCUUUCCCUUGCCUGUCUCUAGCUAGGGAGGAUGAAUCGCAGAGGAAGCAGCUCCUGGGGUCCCGCAGCUUAUACUCCAGGCUAUUUAACUUGCAGUGACCUGGGGCUACCUCGGAUGGGAGGAUGUAAACUGGGCCCUCUGCGUAACUGCCUCAAGUCCCAUUUGGCUUCCCCCCAUUGCUGGAACGCUUCCCUCCAGGGACAGGAAGGCUGCACUCCUUCACACACCUGAAAUUAAACUGUCUGCGCUCAGCGCUGAUAGCCGAAGGUGAAGAAGUGUUACACGGGGGGAGGGCGGGAAACCCCAACCCCCACACAUGGAUACCAUGCCAGAUGAACGGAAGAUCUGCGUUAUAACUGAGGAAAGGAGACAAGUUUUUUCAAAGCUAAAAAGGAUAGUAUUAAUUAAUAAGUAACAUGCAAUAGAGUUAGACUAUGGGUUUUGUCAACUUGUAAUCCUGUUAAGGGCUUAUUUCAACAUUACCUGCCAAGAUGUCCUUUGCAAUUCAUACGAGAAAGCUGUGCACAGAAUACAUUCACAAACACUGCAUUUUCAGAAAAUACUAAUUUUCUAUGCGUUAUUUGAAUUCAGCAGUGUGUAUACAUGUUUUAUCCUCUGAGCGUGUAUUAAUCUCCUUGCAUAAGAUUGCUAUCUUUAGUUUAGACCUCAGUGUUUGAAGAAGUCUGUCCAGGACAACUAAAUGACAUUUACCUUAUUACGUGCAACAUUUUGCCUGGUUCUAUUUUCUAAAAGAAUCAGUUGUGUUUUGAUUAUUUCAAAAAUUAGGCACCUUAAUUUGAAGAAAUAUUAAAAUGAUACAGCAGAUCUAGCAAAAUAUUUGUGGAAAGCUUAAAAUCCCGUAGGCAUAUGGUUGUAUUGAAGAAAGUGGGAUUUAUUAAAAAACAAAGCCUUUCCUUUUCUUAUCCGAGAGACAGGGGGACAGGCAGGUUUAGUUUUUAAUUCCUGCAGGAGAAAAUACAAGUAACAAAACCAUGAACAGGGCCUGCAGGAGCUACAGCAGUUGCAUGAGGCAGCGAAAUGGUAACGCUUGGAGUGCACAGACAGUGCCCGGUUCCUUUGUGUAAAGGAAGGCAAUUUUAUCCCUUACAGUCCUUUUGUUUGUAUUGUAUAUGUAUAUAUAUUUAUAAACACAAACACCUGAGUUCUGUGUUGCAACAGUUUUGUUUCCUGAAAGUUUUUCUGAGUUCAGUUUUGUUCAGUAACUUGUAGAGCUUUUAAUUAAGAAGGCUUGCUACCAAUAAUAAUUUCAUCUCAUCAAAACCUGCAUAUCAAGUACUUUAUUUAUUAAAAUAAACUUUUUUUCACUGAAUGAAAUAAUUUGCCUACUUGAGAUUUGGUUCUGCUCUGCAUGGGUAAAUGUUAUAAUGCCUGAGAGUAGGGUAUUGCUAUCUAUUUUGCAUCAACAGUAAUACUUAGAGCUAUCAAUACUUGUCUAUUAUUUUAUUCUUGGUUUUGGUACAAGCAGACAAACUAAAAAAGAUGUAUUUUUAUAGUCAUCUUUUAAAUGGUUUGCGUAUUAUUUAUGACUAGGAGAAUACAAAAGCAUUAGAGCUGAAAGUGUUAAAUUGUCAAAAUGUACGUUUUUGUAAUCUGGAGCUUAUUAAUAGUGGGGGGAUCUAACGCAGACAGUGGAAUUUAUCUUGACAAUUUGGAUGUUUGCAUCUGAAUUUGGUCACCUUGGGGCUGUCUGCCUUGUCAGCGGAAGGCAGUGGCGUGCCGUCAGUCAGAGGAGUGGGGUCUCUACAAGCGUCUGGUUCUCCUCACUGACUGUAGUGGGAGCUGGCAGGGAUGAGCAUAAAUCUCUCUGCUCGAGAUGUCUGAAGUUAGGCAAGAUUAAUUGUGUGCCAAGAAUCCAGAAAGAACAUGUUGAAAGAGAUCUGCUGGCUUAUCAGCUGUCAGAGAUGCUAGCCGGAUUGUGGCAGGAACAGAAAUGGGAUGUGAAGAAAGAGGACCUUCAGGUGAGCACGAUCACAAGUCUUAAGAGAUAAAUGCAGAGCGCAUUCUACACAGGGUCUGAAGGAACACUGAGACGUGUUUGGGGCUGCACUGAGUUUUAAUCAGGUUCUCUGAUAAUAUAUUUUACAUAUGUAUAAAGUAAA